AUGAAUAUUCAAACAGUUAUAAAAAGAGAAGACGAAUCAAGGGUUUCUAUUUUCGUCUCACUCUCUCCCUCUUUCAUUCACUUCUCGCAUCGAUCCAUCAUCUUUCUCUUCUCUUUUAGGUCAACAAUGGCGAGAGGAGGAACAAAGAGAAAGAUUGAGAUCAAGAAACGUGAAACCAAAGAACAACGAGCGGUGGCUUACUCUAAACGCCGUAAAACGCUCUUCUCCAAAUCCGCCGAGCUCUGCUGUUUAUCAGGUGCAAACAUCGCCGUCUUCGUGACCUCUCCGGGAGAUAAACCCAACGUCGCCUCCUCCUUCUCAGGUCACGCCUCUGCCUCAGAGAUUGUUGAUUGUUACUUCAACGGCACGCUUCCUCCGAAGAUUAGUGUUCCUGAAUCCAAGUCAGGGUUUUGGUGGACGGAUCCUGAUCUUUACAGUUCUUGCGAUGAUCUCUCGCAGUUGGAUGUGAUCGAGGAUCUUAUUAAGAGGACUAAGAAGGAUUUGAUGGAUUGCCUUGAGAAGCAAGAAAAGUCUAGGGUUUGUUGCUUUGAUUCCCAUCAAAACCCUAACUCCUCCUCACAAGCCGUCACUAUGUAUCAGAACACUAGCAAACCUCUCGACGGAUCUUCACAAGUAAUCUAUGGUGGUGAGUCUUCUUCAGGUCAAUCUCGUUACUUGGUGAACAAGGAUGUUGGUAACUGCUUAUGGGAGACAAAGAAAGAGAAUAACCUAAUUAUGAGUGUACCCCAAGAAAGAGAACAAACACAGUCGAUUAUCAACGUGGAUGGUGGUGAUGAGGGUCAGAGCUUUUGGGAUGAACUCUAUAACGAAGAUAUGUUUGGUCUUAAUAACGGUGAAGACGAUGUCAUGAUCGACAUUGGAGAAUUUCUCAACGAAAUAGAGAGUGGGGAAAGUUAGAACUAUUUUAAAACUCUUGUUAUAAUCCUUAAUUAGGUACUAUUUUUAUGAAUAUGUAACGACGAUGUUGAAACUAUUUUCAUUUUGGGAAAGCUAAUUUUUCUCUCAGAGUUUGUCUCUUAAUUUGAUUGUUUGUUCAAACAGGAUUCUUGUAGAUUAAUCAAAAUAUUCGUUAUAUCUGGAUACUGUUUGUUUAUAGCUUUUUUUUAAAUUUCACUGAGUUAUGGAGUAGUAAUAUUUUAACAUACAACUAAAGCAAUUUGAUAACAUAUAUCUUCGGCUUGUUUCUAGAAGCAAAAAAAAACCCAUAAAAUUUUAAGUUCUUUCUACCAAUAUAUAUUUUUCUGCAGACUAACAGAAACACGUAAAGGACAUGGGAGUAGAAGAAGAAAGAGCUGCUAGAGAAAUGCCUGUUCUAGAGGCUAAUGAUAAGACUCAAUCUAACAUUGAUGUAAGAGAGCAUCGAUGUAAUAGGUUCCGUAGUCUAAAGAAGACGAAGGGGAAGUCGUCGGUCUGGCCAAUGUUUUGUAAGAGAAGAAACCAUUAUAGUUUGAAGUUAAAGAGAGGCAGAACGAGAAGGGAGUUGUGCAGAUAUGUUUUUUUUUUUAGCAACCGGAGUUGUACAGAUAUGUAAAUUACUCAAGAAAGAGAAUUUUUGCGAGGGAGGAGGAAACAAAAAGCAGCUCUUUAGGCACCAUAGAUGAUGAUCAGAUACGUCAGGAUAUGUGUGUUUCCUUGAGCUUAUGAUGCAUAAACAAGGUUUUACUUGCUAUCGAAAAUGUGAUGCU